ACGUCACGUGAUCAAAACAUUGGCAGUCACGGAAGGAAGUGGCAUUAGUUUAGCGGCUAACACUAGCUGUUUGUUUGAUGACCUUUAAUCUAAAACCAAAAUACGUCCUUGCAAACUACCCGGAUUGAUAAAGGUAUGCCACAGAAAGAUCCGUGUCAAAAACAAGCAUGCGCAAUUCAACAUUGUUUACAAGCUAACAAAUACGUGGAGAGCAUGUGUCGGGACGUGAUCAGGGACAUGCGGCGCUGCUGUGCGUCUCAGGCCGGAACCUCCGUCUGCUGCUCCGGGUUCAAGGACUCAAACCCACAGGAGAACAAAAGUAACACAUAGCUCCCAGUGGGAUGCUUUUCAUGGCAAUAAUGGUGAAAAGACCCAUUGUAUCAAUGUGUUAUUAAGUGUACUAUUGUAUCUAUACUGCAACUGCGCAGUGGACUGUGUUAAAUUACCUCAUCUAAAUUUGAAUAGGCCUUUCUUAUAGCAAACAUGUUGACCUGUCAUUGCAGAAAGGCACACCUACCGUUAUCAUUGUUAUUAAUUACACCUGUGUUUGAAAAUGUCAUGUAUGACAUAAAGUGUACAUUUAUAAUGUAAGCUGGCAAAUGUUGUAUUUAUUAAAGGCAAUUGUUUCAUGUCA